CACUUCUUUUCUUUCAACAUUCUCCACUUUCUCUUAAUUACAACAAUGGAUCCCAAUGCUCAACCAGACAGAUUGUCAGAUCUACCAGAUGUUCUUUUGGUCCUCAUCAUGUCAUUCUUGUCUUUCAAGGAACGUGCUCAAACCAAUUUUCUCUCCAAGCGGUGGGAAUCUCUCUAUCUCGAGACGAGGGAUCUUUCUUUCAAGGAAUCCGACUUCUUGACCGCUUCUGUCUACGCAAACCCCAUAAGGUGGCUUAAGGCAAGGGCUGAUUUUGUUGGUUACGUGCGUCGAUUGGUAGAUAGAAUCCGUGAUCAACCCAUCGAAACGUUCGGGAUCUCUAUCUCGUACCCGAAGCCUUACCUGGAACUGAUCGAGUCCCUGAUGGCGUUCGCGGUCCAAAAAAGGGUCAAGAGCUUGGUUCUUGAUUUCUCAAACCUGGUGUGGAGAACCUAUAAUGACGUAAACAUUGAAAAGUUGGUUGUUAAAAUCCCUCAGAGCGUCUACGAUCUAACGUCUCUCGAGUCGUUGGAAGUUUGCGCGUGCAAGGACUUUGACCCCUCAAAACUAUCAAAGCUAGGGAAGCUCCGAAGCGUCUCUUUCGGCUGGAUGGAACUGACGGAUUUGCCACCUUUGCUAGAGACUUCGAGGCUUGAGAGUUUAACUAUGAAGGAGUGUUUGGUACAUGAUUUGGAGAAGAUAUCAUCGGUUCAUUUGAGAGAAGUUGCAAUCUAUAACUGCGACUUUUACUUUAUGUGCAUCUUUAACCUCCCUAGAGUUGACAUAUUUAAGUACAGGGGAGAUAUUAUGAGCUUCGGAUUUGAUCAAAUGAACACCAUCAUAAGCGAAGUUGAAUUAGAUUUCGGGGCGGCGGAGAAAAAAAAUGAUGUAUCAUACGAUUCGUACGGAAUAGAAGCAGGAAUGAUAUGUGAAUUCCUUAAUAAUCUCCUUGAUGAAGGUCGUCGAACUGCUACGACCUUAACGGUCUGUCCGUUUCUACUCAAGGUGAUUCCAAGAUCUGAGCAUCCACACUUUCUUCGCCCGAUGAAAACCAAACAUUUAGUGCUGAAGACUAAAUUGCACCCGAAAGAGUUCAAUGGAAUUCGGCUUCUUCUCCUUACUUGCCCAUACUUGGAAACACUCACUAUAGAUUUGCUUCCUCCAAGCCCCAUUGCGGUAAAGUUGUCUUAAUGUAAAAUUAUAUACCCUCAAAAAGGAAUUAUAUAAUAUAUAUCAUAUUAUUAAACCAUGCGAUAAUGAUUUCAUAUUUCCC